AUGGAAAAUAACGGAUCAUCGGCAAUGGACCUUGGACGUAAGACGGAUUCUGAGAGGAAUAAUCACACGCCGCAGGACCAUCGGUUGAUUGGAAUGAUCGUAGUCGCAGUCCUGACGGAAUCUUUGAAAAUUCGGGUUAAACGUACACGCGCGCCUAAACCAGAAUGACUAUGUUUCAAGUGUUUCGAUAUACAAUGCGAGCUUAGAAAAAAAUUAAUUUUUCGCGUUUUACAUUAUUAUAGUGUAUCUCGUUCACGAUGAAUAAUAUUAUUAAAAUCGUGCAGUACUUACGAAUGUACUAUUUUUUUCAACCAAAUUUUUUAGUCGAUUAUAAUAUAACCAAUAUUAUGUUUUUUUUAAGUUUGUUACAAUUUAGAAUUCGGAAUCGAUCGCAGAAAACCCCACACAUGGGUCCUAUGUGUCAUGCGAGUGAAAGCGUAUUGAUAUUCUGGGUGACAUGAAGAAAUAAUAAGUUUCUCGCUUAUAAUAUAGGUACACCCGCCCUAGCAUUUGUGAUAUUAUAUUAGGACGGGUAUGGCAACUGUUGUAGGUGAGAAGUUGGGAAGGUAGGAUACAUAAGGUUAUUUUAUUUAUAUCUGUAAGCAACGAUAAACUAUUGAUAACGAAAGACGAUUCCGAGCACAGUUCGAUAGUACAUAAUUUGAAGUGUAGUCAUUUUUUUUGCGAUUUUCAUUUAAAUUAGAUUUCAAAACGCAUAUUAAAACAAAAAGUCGUUAGAUGAUUUUGGAAAUUUUACACGUCUAGUUGAGUCCAAUAUAAUUACAGUAUUAUUACCAAGUUUCAAAUCUUUAAGUGUAGUCGGGUUAAUCGCCGACACUGAAUACCUAAAACUAGGUUUAGAUGGUCAUGGUCAAAAACGAUUUCAAAUUUUCUAUGGCCAAAAAAUAUAUUUAUCGAUUGAUCGGCCGAAUUAUUGUUGUACAGUUUUAAUUCCCCCGUAAGUUCUACAGUUACGUAUAAUAUGCUGCGUAGUAUAACUAAAUUAUAGUUUUGGCACAUACGGAAAAUUCGUACAAAACAAUGUAUUUUACUGAAAAUAUAAAAUAAUAAUACAGUAAGUAAAGUGGGUGCGGCAUACGGUUUUGCCCUGGAGAAAAAAUUUAAACGAGUUUACAUGGAACCGAUAAAUAAAUUUGCUUCGCUCGAGUGUGUCACGAGGUAAAAAUAAGUAGGGAAUAAAAAACUUAAAAAAUAUCCGGUCGAAAAAAAAACUACACCUAGGUACUCGAACGUGUGCUAUCACCGGGAGCUGUACUAUUUCUCUCGGCCGAAUAAACUGAAAAUGUAUAUGUAUGAAAUAAACGUAAAUGUUUUUGGUCCAAAAGUUGGUAACGCUAAAUUAAAUUUAUUUUUCAAGAUUUGUACUUUGUAUAUUCCAGGUUUGUACUUUCCAGAUUUGUAUUUUCAAUAAUUGUACGUUCCAGAUUUAUACAUUCAAGGUUUGUACGUUCCAGAUUUGUACGCGCUCUCGUGAUAAAUAUCGCGAUUUAAAAAUGCCUAAAAAUAUCGCUUAAAUCUCCCCUCGAAAUCGGAAUCGGUUACAAAAUGACGAAAUGCGUUUGGUUUCACUGGUCACACCGGUUACAAAUUUGCGUGACCAUCUCGGAUAGACGGCGACGAUCGGCGACUUUUCAUCAUCUCCACCAAAAUUAUUAUUCCUCCUGGUUAAGCCAUCGGCGUGGCGUCUAGGACACGAUAUUGUUAUCAUUACUAUCGUGGCCGUAGUAAGUUGUUGUUGCUGUCGUCGUGUCGUUACGUCUACCGUACAAAACGAGCCACUUCUCAUCAUAGAAUAAUAUAUAGUUUAUUGUCAUAGAAAAGAGCGAACGUAAUAACUGAUGAAUUUGCAUAUGUGACACGCCUCCAAAAAGCAAGCUUGUGACUGGAUGGAGGGGUGAGUUCUUAAGACAGUCACAGAAAUCAAACAGAGCCGAACGUAACGGCGAGUGCCUGCGUAAUUAUAUAAAUUAAAUGUGUAUAAUAUCGUGAUAUUGAAGGAAAUCAAUAGUGAACGUGACGAGCGAUAAAUAUGACAUUCGGUUAUCUUAUUAUAAAAUAAUAGAAAAAAAACAACGCACGGUAAAUUCCGUUGACUCGUAUUGAAUCGCGAGGUCGUCAAAACCAAUUGCACAAAACCUGUUAUUGUUUCGCGACAACAGGACGACGGGGUAAGCCGUCUACGAGUGACGCGGGUCGAAAACGCGCAGCACCGCCGUCGUCGACGCCUACACCGCCGGUCACCGUACGCGCAAUAUGAGAAUCGCGACUGUACAAACCAAAAACGGUUCACUGUCUGCGAUCCGCGAAACCGCGUACCCGGUGACGCGGCGAAAUAAUAACCGGCGCGUAAUGUGCGGGCCGCGCACCUGCCUCGUGUACUACGCAACGCGCUGCCGUCGACGCGGCACACGUCAGAGCCGAACGGUUUCCCGCCGUCAAACGCCGUUGUGCCGCUGCAGUGCCGCGGGACGACGACGACGACGAUAACAAUGAUGAUAAUGUAAUUCCACGCGGCUCGAGAGCCCGCCGCGCGUCGCGCGCGCACUUACAGUUCGGAAAUGUUUGCCGUCGUCGCCCCUACGCCCCGGGGGUGUUUUUUCGCCCACUUCAAGUCCGCCGCGCGCACCGCGCACCGAGAACGGGCGGCGGCGGUGCGCAUAGCGUAAUGGAAUUUCGCGUAGGUAUAAUAGGUGCCGCACAAUAAUAUAUCGUACACGACAAAUGUGAGGUUUACCGAAAUCCCGGGGAAAAAAAAACGCGAAAUCUCGCAUAAUACGCACGUGCGAUAUUAUUGUAUGCUGCCCGCGACGAUUCGCGCGAUCCCGGGGGACGGAAUCGCGAUGAAAACGUCCGCCGUACCUAUGUAUACGUAAAUGUGGGAAAUUGUCACGGCUAUACGUUUUACCAAAAUGUUCCGAACAAACUGCCGCCGGCCGGGUUAUCAUUUAAUGAGGCGCGGCCCAACGUCAUUUGAUUUGUACCCGUACGCAACGAACGAUAAAUGGUUUCCGGCGCAGUACGGUUCUGAGGCAGAGUCCGGUUGAAAAACGUUUCGAACGACGGCGUAAAAAAUACAUAUACUUAUCACUGAGUACAACUUUUAAUUACCGUCGUGUUCAAUUUGAAAGCGUUUAUGUUUGGCCAAACGAUUUUAUCCGCGUGUCAAAUGUCAAACGCCUACAUAAUAAAUAACUGAGAAAUUGCCAGAAUAUUUUGACGGUUUUAUACCGCGCCUGGAAGACAACGGUGUGAGUAUUCUGAGGACAUUGCUGGUCUCUGUAAAAAUUUUAAACCUAAUAACAAGAUAAAAAUACAAAAUCAAAAACAAUGAAAUCGUUUUGCCAUACACUGUUUCGUUUUUCUUCGGAUUAAAUAAAUAAAGGGAAAACACACUCGAAACUAAACGAAAUUAUGUAGCUGAUUCACCGACUCCACCUAAAAAUCUACAAAAGAUGACUCGUAAAAUUUCCGCUAGAAAAGUCGUCAGACGGGGGAAAAAACGAGCACCGGAAUAGAAGAACCGCUAGGUGGCGUUCUGGAAAAGUAAAACAAAUUAAUUAAAAAAGAACGGACAUAAUUCGCACGUGGAUGCAGCCACUGUUAUGGGUGGGAAGUUAGGAAGGUAAAAUACAGACAGGAAUUCAAUAAAUAUCUGUAAGCAACGAUAAACCAUUGCUAACGAAAAAACGAUUCUGAGCUGAGAUCAAUUGAUGGUGCUGCUUUGUCAACAAUAUAUGUAUAAAAAGAGAUUAAAAUAAUAAAAACUUAAUAAUAACAAAAAAUAAAUAAAAACGGUUGCCAAUGACAGUCUUAUUUUUAAUCUGUCAAUCUUUUUCAACCUAAAGAACCGGGUUUUCUUCAUUAUUUCGAAUAUUAAUGAGAAUUUCAAAAAAAAAAACGACCUCUUUAAAGUACCACCCAGAGAACAUUCCCUUUCAGAAAAAGCGCUACGCUCGGAGUAAGCUUUCUGGUAGAAAAAGUGUUCGCAUAAAAAAAAAAUUUAAAACAAAAUGAACAUCGUUUUAAAACCAAUACAUUCCUCGUUCCACUGGGAAUUCAAAACGAAAUAUCGUACCGGUCGCGGGAAAAUCCGAAUCUAGCGACGGAAUCCCGCGGUUCCGAGUGGCGGGGGGUUUUUUUUUUUUUUUUUUCUCUGUCUCUAUUCGCCUAUCGAUCGAAAAACGCUACAAUAAUACCCACACGCGACAUGUUAAGCCCCCGAUUUUCCCCGCGGCGGCGGUUCGAUUCGCGGCGUCCGAACGGGCGCACGGCCGGACAGCCGCGGCGCGGUGGGUUACUGCCGUGCGGCAGGGCGCGCCGCGGAUUCAGACGAAUUUAUUAAACGCUCGUCGGUCGUAUUAUGUUGUAAUAUACGGGGUAGCGACGACGGCGCACGAGGGUGACGACGAUCGGCGGCGCGCGGCCCGUGUUUGGCGAAAGGAUCGGGAAAAAAUGAUAAUAAAAAAACAUCGCACACUGCUAUAAUAUUAUACGACCUCAUAGUAUUACACUGCUACUGCCGCGCGAUAGUAAUAGUACUCGUGUCGCACGCCGUACAUAAUAAACGCGUCGUUCGCGCGUAGAUUAAGUGCUCUCGUCCGCGGCCCAGUCAGCAGUAAUAACGCGGGCCGCUGCUGCCCGGGGUCUCGUCGGGCGCACGGGCGUGCGCCCGCGACGACGCGAUGCGCGCGGCGGCGGUGACUCGGGAAAUCGCGGGAAGACUUUAUUACGGAACGCGGUCUCGCGUCCGCGUGCGUAAUAUUACGUUACACCCCUGCGCGGGCACGGCGAACGCGCCCGAUCCGUGGAACGGGCAACGGUCCCCGGCGUCCCGCGGCUAAUAAACCGCCCGUUUUCGGGCCGCCGAAACGGAUAUAGUACCGUCAAUCCGUGUACGCGCGAACGUUUUGGAUUGGCAUUUUUCAGUCAUCAAUUAUUGUUAAACCGCGAUGUUUGUAACCAAUUUACUUGGGCCGGUUUCCCCCCCCACCACCACCCUCCCACCGCGGGCGCUAUAGAAUCGGGUAUCUCGUUUGCGUGCCAAUCCGCGGACCGGGCGAAACAUUGACCGUUUCACGAAUCGGGACAAGUUCGAGACUCGUAGAGCUCAGCGCACACAUAGGCGCACAUUCAAUGCAAUUAUACAGUACACGCGUUACGGGGCGAUUAUAUUUCUCUGGUCGGACCGGUACCUAUUAAGAAUGCGGCCAGAAAAAUAUCGUUUUUACCCCCCCCCCACGAAAAACAUGGGCCGACAGCGGCCCACUUUUAGCUCGUCCGCGCAUCCUUUCGCCAGAUCGGUUCCCUUGAAAACGUCCUCUGCGCCGACGGCUUAUCACGGUCAAUCAAUAGCCUGUGGUAGUUACGCUGUGUUGUGUUGGGUUAUAGUCACUUACUCCGAUUAUUUACAUAUCCCACCCGACCUUACCGGAUUUACUUAACUCAUUUUUAUCGGGGGCCUACCGGGAGAUUUCCCGGUGGACUGGUCUAACUCAGCGCAUACUGUUAUACACAGUUAUAUAGAAAACUCACUAAAAAUAACUGCACUGCACAGCUGACGAUUGCAGCAGCAGCACAUGCUUGGCAUAUCAUAUUGUUGCUAAUUUUGAUUUUUUUUUUUUUUUUUCAUUGCUGUUAUCGUUAAAUAUGGUUAACGGUUGUAGAAUUUUAAUACAUUUUUCCGCGGAACACAGCUUAAGAAACAUAUACGACAUAUAUUAAAAUAUUUAGGCACAGUGUCUGUGUAGAAUAUAUUAAGGGAAAGGUGGCCACAGUAAAACGUCGAAAGUUAUUAUUCAAAUAUUUUUUUUAAUUUAAACGAUAUGGAUUUUUAAUGUGUAUGGAUUUAUUCCAAAUUUUCUUAGGUUUUUAAAAAUUCAAACGUCAAUAAAUUGAAUAACUGAAUAACUACAUUUCUAUUAAGACGAUUUUUUUUUUUUUUUUUUUUAAUUAUUCAAAGGAUCUUAUUGUUGCCAAUAAACCAUGGACACGCCCACAGAAACACUGUGUCAAUGGAACAGUUUAAAAUGAAUAAUAUAUUAAAAAUAGGUUGUAAUUGAUAUUUUAAUCACCCAAUUAGUAAAAACGAUUUAAAAUAUUUGUAAAUUCAACAACUACAAUAAACAAAAUUAUAAAGGACGUUCAUACUUCGCACGUGGGUGCAGCCACUGUUGUAGGAAGGAAGUUGUGAAGGUAGGAUACAGACGGAAAUUUAAUGUAUACCUGUAAGCAACGAUAAACUAUCACUAACUAAAAAACGAUUCUGGGCGGAGAUCAAUUGAUGGUGCUGCUUUGUCAAUAAUUUAUUAUAUGUCAUAUUAUGGUAAAACGAUUGAGUAAAAUAAUGUGCUUUUCCGUGACAAUAAUGAUUGUUUAAAAAAUAUUAAAAUAAUAACAACUUAAUAAUAACAAAAAAUAAAUAAAAACGGUUUCCAAUAACAACAUUAUUUUUAAUCUUUCAAUCUUUUUUAACCCAAUAAACCAAAUUUUCCUCAUUAUCUGGAAUAUUAAUGAGAAUUUCAAAAAAUGACUUCUCUAAAUUACCGUCCAGAGAACAAUUUCUUUCAGAAAAGGUGCUAUACUUAAUAAUCGGAAUAAGCUUUUUGGUAGAAGAAGUGUUCAUACAAAAAAAAUAAUAACAAUAAAAUAAUAAACAUCUUUGUAAAACCAAUACAUUCUUCGCUAAACUCAAAAUUUAAAAUACUGUUAUAUUCAUACAUUUUACUUUAAUAAGUAAAAUUAUUAUUACUUUUAUACUUUAUAAAUAACAAAAAGUUAAAAUAAAUGUUAUCGCUUUAUGUUUUCUAGUCGGUCUGAGAUAUAAAUCAGUGUAGAUUUAGGUAAGUAUUAGGUAUUAUAUAUAGAUAUUUCAAUGCUAGGACAGUACCUAAACCUAAUACUACCGUCUUAAUGAGUACCUACUUGCAUACAUUAUUAUCCCUUAUACAUUAACCAUAAUAAUCAAAUUCAUAAUUUAAUUAGGUAGGUACAUAAUAUACAGUGAUGGGAAAGUUAUUUUUAACGGUUAGGUAUAGGUAAUUUAAUAUAUACACUAUACCUGUAACCAACGACAAAUCAUUGCAAACGAAAAAGCGAUUCUGAGCGGAGUUCAGCUGAUAGUGAUGCUUUUUCAAUAAUAUGUAUGUAAUAUUAUGGAAAAAUGGUUUGCACAUGCAUUAAAUAUUAUCUUUAAUAAUAUUUGUUUUAUUGUUUAAUAUUGUACCUAUUUUCCCGUUCUCCCGAAUUGUUUCCAAUAUGUAUAUAGGUAUACUGAGAAAACACCUAAAAAAUAAAUCAAAAAUGACCUCUUUAAAGUACCUACCCCGGUCCGAUUUAUUUGUUCGUUUAUUAUUUCGAAGAGGAAAUGAAAGGGGAUGAAGCCGGUGUAAUUAGUUCGCACUAGUGAGCCUAUAUAAAAUAUAUAUAAUAUUAAUAUUAUUUAAGUUCUCUAGUUUGUGCGAUAUGCAUGCGAUGAUGCGGAAAAAUUAAACCGGUGCGCGGAUGUCGUUAAUUUUAACACCGGUUACUCCGAAAAAUUUCUCAAAUUUACACCGCUUUGAUUUUUAAGGGGAAAUUUACACCGGUUUUACCAACGAAUUUCUUGCCGUGUUACCAAUAUGAUUCAAAAUGUAGCACUGGGUUACCGAACAUGGUAUUACGGUCUCAUCAUUCAUCAUGAAUGUUUUGAUAAUUUUACCGCCAUCCGGCCAUCGCGAUUUGUAUAAAUAUUAUAAUUUUUAAAUUUUAAAUUAAAUAUCUUAGUCUCUAUUCUCUAAUAUAAUCAUAAUCUACGGUCUAUUAAUAAAUUAUGGUGUGUGUAUUCAAUAUGUGUCUAUUGUGGAUUAUCUUCAAAAAAUAAUGCAGAUUUGUCAUUUCAUUGCACGAUUAAUAAAAUAAUAUACAUAUAAUAUAUUGCAUAAUGCAUAGCAUAAGAAUAAUGGUUGCAACAAUCAAUGAACUAAUGAACUGUUUUCGUUUUUUUUUUUUUUUUUUUUUUUUAAAUCUUCAUCAAUUCUACAUAGUAGGUAUUUUAUCUUUUUAUAAUAAUUAUAAUUAUUUACUAUAAUUUUACGGUUUUAUAACAAUCCUAUGAAUAUCAAUGUUAAAUAUGUAUACUGUGUCUUUUGGCAACCCACAAGGUGGGCAGCCCGCUUGAUAAAGUUGUUAUACCACAGUAUAUACGAUCGUGAACUAAACAACCAAGAUUUUCGAGAAAGAAAAUAAUACGUAUCGACACGUUUCGGAAACGUACUCGAGUAUCCAAGAAGUUUAUGAUACAACAGACUGUGAUACGCAUCUAUUCGUGUCGGGAUUUAAUGUCGAUACGUGGCUCACGAUGCGCCGGUUCACCCGUAUCAUUUAUAAUUCGGCGGGAAAUUGUAUUAUUAUUACAUAUAUUUAAAUUUAGAUUACAUUUAUUAGUAUGUAUUAUAGAUAUUAGUAUUAGAUUUAAUAUAGAAAUUAGUUUUAACCUUAAAAAGUUAUUUGUUGAUUGCUAUUAGAAAAAUAAUGAAUGAGUUAAUUUUUUCAUUGAACUUAUUUUUACUUUAUUCAUAUUUCAUUGCUGGAUUAUGGAACCGCUCUUCGGCAGGGAUGAAACAAUGAACGUUUAAUGUUUAUGUAAGUACAGUACAUGAAUUCAACUAUGCAAUUGUAAUGGAAUGUUAUUUAAAAUUUACUACACUAUUAAAAUGGUGUUUUGUUAAUUAUUCUGGUAUGUGAUGAUUGCUCUGAGGUUUAUUUUAGUACAGAAACCCACACUUGUAAGAAUCUUUCAAAAAGAAAAACCAAUCCAGAAAUAUGGUAAUUUUAAAAUAAAAAACUUAUCAAUAACAUUAAAUUAGAUAGGUACAUUUUAUUCAUAUCCAAAAAUAGAUAAACUAUUAACCAGAGUUCUGGAUUUAACAUAAUAUUUUAGCAAAUCAUCUACAGAUUUAUUCACCAAUCAUACUUACCUAUAUCCUGUAUAAAUACCUUAAAAUAGGUAGUUUUACUUGCCACAGCCCUCAGGACAUUCCUUAUUUAGUUUAUAAAAUCUAAGUAUUAAAAAUUAAUAUGGAUUUACUCUUUGAAUUUUCUUAAAAAUUCUAAAAAUCAUAAUUUAAAUAAAUGUAUGGGUAAUUAAAUGAAAAAUGAGGGUUGAAAUGUUAAGUAAAUCAUCAUUUAUUUUAAUAAAUUUUAAAUCUGAUUUAGUGUUGAUAAUGAUUCAUCUAACACACCUACAACACAUACUAAUGUUUACAAAAAACAAAAAUUAUUUAGCCAGAUAGAAAGUUAGUUACUUUGUUAUAUUAUUUCUUAAAAUAAUAUAAUUGACGCCUAUAAAAUUCAUUUGAUUAUAGUACUUGCUUUGAGCUGGUCCCAAAUUGCGUCUUAUAAGCAUCAUACAUUAGCUGUGUAUUAUAAGACCAUUUGACUAACAUAAAUAUAUUAUUUUAUUUUAAAAGCCACUUGGCAUUAUUAUUUAAUUUACUUCUAAAUAAAAAUAGUCAAGAACUUUGAAAUUUUAUCGAAUUAAAUUACAUUUUGUAGUUAAAUUUAAAAUUAAUUUUAGAUAAAAAUCCAUACCAUUUAUUAUUUAUGUUUUUCAAGAUCCACAAAAUGUAGAAAAUAGAGAAAUAAAAAUUUCCAAUACAAAAUGGAAUGAACAAAACACAAAAUUGUUAAUCUCCCUUUAUAGGGAUAUGGAAGAUCAAUUUGAAAUACCGUAUCAAGUUAAAUAUUUUAUAAAUACAUAUCUUCUAAUUAAGUUUAUAUUAAUUCUAUUAACUAGAAUACCAUAAACAAUUUUUUUAAACAUCUCUAUCAUAAGCUAAAGAAUUUUAUUUAUUAUCUGGUACUCUACAAUUUAUUUUUAUUUAAUUUAGGGGAAAAAUCAAACUAUAGGUAAGAUGGCAGUUCAUAAAUGCAUUGAAAGUAUUAUGACUUGUGUACCACACACUAAGUUGAAAUGUUCUAUACUAACCAUUUCUUUUUCCUUUUAUUCCUAUCAUAAAUAUGAUUAAAUUAAUUUUUAUGUAGCAACAAUUCAAAAGAAAUCAAUUCUAUUAUGAACUUUAAAAUUAUUGAAUUACAUAAAACAAAAAAAUUAAUAUUAUCAUUAAUAAUUUAAAUAUUUGUAUUUUGUAAUUAGUUAACAGUUAUCAGUUAUAUUGAUAAAAACCAGUAGUUAUAUUACCAAAUGUUCUCAUUGAAAAUCCAAAUUGCUAUACAUUUCGAUGUGUACUAGUUUUUUUUUUUAUGCGUAUCACUACAAAAAAACCGAUCGUAACGAUAUCGAUAUGGCCUUCUUGAAAAUCUUCAACUUAUUAAAAUAUUAUUUACUAAUUUAUUAUUGAUGAUGACAAAAUAUUAUCAUUUAUUAUUAUCAAUUACCAAGUAACCACUAUCUAACCGCUUUGGUAACAUAAGUUUUUUUCCGUCACGGAACGCUCUGUGUAUGGCCCAUCCAUUACAUUAUUAUCUAUGCAUAUUACACUAUGAUAUGGCCACAGUUAUAAAAUACUUAUAUUUAUUUAUAUUUUACUUGUGUUUUAUAUCCGUAGAUAUGGCUAUGAUUUCUUAUCAUUUUUUCUGAAAACUGUAUACUACCCUAGAUGUAUAGAUAGCGUUUUCAAACUCUUCACUUGAUAAUGUUCUUUUAUUGUUAUUUCUAUGAUCACUGUUCUUACUGGUUAGCAAUUUGAACUCAAUUUUCAUUCAAUGGAUUUCGUCGUUACAAGAUUUAUUUAUUUUUUUAACUGUAAAGUAAUAAUAUUAAUAUUAUUUCACCAAAACAUAAAUCAAAAUACCUAGUUUUGAAAUAUCUAUGAGGUAAGCAAACGUCUAUAACAACCUUGAAUUGUACAAAAUGUGUAUUUGUCAUGUACCUACACAACAACGGUAUGUGGGAAUUAUGAAUACACAUUGAUAAUGUUGUAAUCUAUGUGAAACUGUACACUUUUUGUAAUUAACCAAUAGUUUCUACAAUUUUUCAUACUGUGUUCUUGAACGAAUAAGACAAAACAUAAAUAUUGUGUAUAAUUUUUUCAAAGAAAUUCAAAAAUUUGAAAAUCCUGUAGUUAUCUUACUCUUUAGUCUUAAUACUAAUACUAAUUUAAUUUGUAUAUUAUGUAUGUUAAUGAUCCAACCAUAAACACUACGAAAUGAUGUUCUUAAUCCUAAUAUUCGAGUAACCCUAUUGUUGUCUAUAGUUUAUACAGCUAUAAAUUGAAUUUAAGUUACAUAUAAAACUGUUAUAUACAAAUUUAGGUACAUUCUAUAAAUUAUUAAACUAAUAAUUACAUUGGGUACUUUGUAUUAUGUUUUUAAAUAAUUUAUUUGAUAUUGGUUUUAUAAUAACUUUAUAUUUUAAAUUAUUGUGCUAAUAUACAACUUAGUAGUUGUUCAUAAUCUUUCCUGGUAGGUAAGUGACCGAUGUUGCUGUACAUAGAUUUAAAAUCAAUUGUAGAUAGGUUAUCAAAAAACAGCCUUGACAAAUUGGUACUAUAACUUGCAGGUUGAAGAAUGGCUUUUGUGUCUGAGAAAAAAUAUCGAAAGAAUUGUGCAUACAUUUUUUGUUUAUAUACCGCCUUAGACAAAUUUCCAUAGGUCAGAUUUUCUAUUUUUCCAUUUCGUUAUAAAGUUAUACAUUUAUACUAUUAAAAACUUUUUCUAUGACAGUAUAUAAACAAAAAGUCUAUGAUACGUUUAUCGAUAUUUUGACAUUUUUUCCUCAGAUCCAAAAGCAUCUGGCAAUACUUCAUAGGUAUGAAGUAUUAUAAUAAACCUUGUAGGUUAAAUUUUUUUUUUUAUCUUAAUCAAAGUUUUUUUAAAAAAUGCGAACUUUUGUAUAGUAAAAUUAAUUUUAUAUUAAAAUAUAGUCAUAAUUUAAAUAAUGCAAUUAUAAUAUUGUUUAAUAAUAACAAUUUAUUGAUACAAUUGAACAUUACCUAUUUUUAUAUACAGUGAAAAAAAAUGUAAUAAAAAACUAUGUAACGUACAAAUUACUUAAUGAUGGUUGGUUUGCUUUAAAAACCAUAUAUUAGGUAGUUCUUUAAAUUUUUUUAUUGCGAAAAUUCUUCAAAUAUAAUAAAAUAAAUCUCUUAGUCCCUUAAGAUCUGUUAUAAAGAGUUGUCACUGUAUUGUAUAUAGUAUAUACUAAAAUAUAUGCGAACAUUAACUAAUACCGUGUUGUGUAUGUCAACAUUGACCAAAAUCCUGAUGUAAAUGUUAAUAUUUACUAGUUUACGUCUAAAUUUUUUUAAUUAUUCAACAUUCACAGUAACAUAUAUAUAUAUAUAAAAAAUAUCUUUGAGCAAUUUUAAUAUUGAAAAUAAAUUCAAGGUAAAUUCUAUUUUGACUUCUUAUUGUGCAGAUACAUUUAUAGGUUGGUUUUUUAAUGAAAAAUUAAAUCAAUUUAUUAUAUCUAUUUGUGAACUUUUUAUUUAAAAUUUCUUAACUAUUUUUUUUAUAAAACUACUAAUUUAAUAUGAUUUAUAUUUUAAAAAUGUUUUUUCUAUCUGUAAACGAUUUUUCUGAAACGCAACAUAUUUAUUCUCUAACCGUUUAAAUUUAUUCCUAAAUUGGUAUCUAUGUCUUAUCUAUUGCUUCUUGGAUAUUUGCAUUUAAUGUGAUUGGGGAUAACGUGCAUUCUUGUCUAACUCCUUUGUUUAUAUUUGCUUCCUCUACAUUAUUUUGGGAUUCUUAUAACAGUUCUUUAUAUAGAUUGUAGAUAAAAAUCUCUUGUAUAUGUUUCUUAUCCCCAAUCUUUGUUUAUAUUUCCUUAUUCUUUUCUGAAUGAUUAUCAUGUCCCAUGUUCUUUCUGAACCCUUAUUGAUCUUCUGGUAGCGACUAUUCUAUCUUGGCUUCAAUAUGUUGGCAUAUAACCUUUAUUAUUAUUGUUGUGGCAUGGAAUAGUAGGUAGUAGUAGAUACUCGCACACUAUUAUAAAAUUCUUAUAUUGUCAUCUAUGACUACAUAGAUCUUGUAAGAACUUCUAACCCCCAACUCCAAUGUCUGUGAGUUAGCGAAAAUCUUUAGAAUUAUUAACUGCACAUAUUUUGACAUAAUUUUUUGGUUUAAUUCCUAAUAAUUAUAUGAAAAAAAAACUGAAAUAAUAUAUUGUGAAGGCAAAAAUUUCUCUGGGAAAAAUUUGUCUUUAGUGAUGGAACUCUGCUGAUUAUGUGACUUUCUUAUUUUGUAUUAUCCAGGAAAUAAUUUCUUAAGGUACUUUUUUACCUAUAUUUAAUGACGAGAGAGGAACCCAUGUUUCAACCAAAAUUUUUCCAAGUCCGUACAGCCCCACCAUUAAAUACCUCAUUAGCUAUGUAAUAGUUUAGGCUAGGUAAUAGUUCACAUGUGACAACAACCUGUCGUUCAGAAUGUUUGAGUAGAGAAAAAAGUUUCCCUGAGACAUUCAGUUGCAUGUGUGUACAAGCUUUUUCUCUCAUGAGCUGAAGUAUAAGUAUCCUUCAAUUUCUUGAUACUAAAAAUGAAAUGUUGUUCUAGUGUAUUAGUACUUAUUAAUAAUAAUAUUAGCAAUAUUAAUACAUUUUUAAUAAUUACUUUUUUAUUUCAGUAAUCAUAAUAUUUCAGAAAAAUGGAUAUGUUUGGUAACCCAAUACCUGGAUCAUCAAAAGAAUUUGACAGUGAUUUUCAAUGGUUGGAAACUGAGUUCAUUGCUAAUGAUGAAAAUAAAGAUGUUUUUGUUUGCUCACCGACGAAUAAUGAUAUAAUUUUGAAUAAUGAUCAAAAUAUUAAAGUAGAUCAAAUCAAACCAAGUCCCACCCAUAAUAUUGAAGAUUUCUUUGAUGAAAUUCAAAGUAUAGAUUUUAGUCAAAAUCAAGAUUCUGGACAAAACAAUACAAUUUUACUAGAAUUAUUAGAACGAUGUGAAAAUUUAAUUGAUAUUGUAAGCCGUAAUUUAAUUGAUUUAGAUGAAAUUAUUGUGGGAAUUGAUGAAAAUAUUGCCUGUUCAGUAAGAAAUGCUACCAAAGCAAAUGAUGCUAUCGAAUAUGAAAAGAAGUCUAUAAUGAAAAUACCAAUCAAAAAAUUAAAAAAUAAAGCUUACUUGGCAAACUAUUUCAAAAUUGGCUUAUCAAACUGCCCCAAAAAUCCCCAUCUUGCAGGGCUAUACGAUGAUAACAGAUUGAUCUUAUCGUACAAUGGUCGUUUUAUACUCGAGGAAUGUGUUGAGAGAAAUUUAUGGAAUCAAGAUUUUAAAAAUAAAUUGGAACAAGCAAUACACACAGAAGUUUUAGAAAAAUUAAAAAUGCCCCUGUGUAGACAACAUGUACGGCUCGGUGUGGAUCUAGAAUUUGAAGACGAUCCAGAGAUCAAAACUAAAAUUGAACUAGAAAAAAAAGAUAUUGAAAACGAAUUGGAUAUUUUAUCAAAAACACCUUUUAGACAUUUAGUUUUUCAGUUUAUGGAUUCACAAACAGAGUAUGAUUGGUUACAAAUUGGUAAAAUAACCAAUAAACCUUAUUUACAAUGUAAAAGAUUUUGGCAUCUAAUGUUAAAACCACAUAUAUCGAGAGCUAACUGGACGCAAAGUGAAAAUAACCAAUUAAUUGAAAUUACCAAAAAGUAUAAUGAAAAAAAUUGGCAGCAAAUAGCUGUUGAAUUAAAUACUAACCGCAAUGAAUUACAAUGCUUUGUUCAUUAUCAACAUUUUAGAAAAUCAUCAUAUAAAACUGGUAAAUGGUCAAUGGAAGAAGACAAUAAGCUUAUGAGAAUAGUUAAAGCACAUACAAUUGACAACAUAAUAUAUUGGCAAAAAGUUAAUUUUGCUAUGCUUAACGAAGGACGAUCUGUUGAGCAAAUUUAUAACAGGUGUGUAAAUAUUAUAUUCAUUUUUAUAUUUAACUUUUUAUUAAAUGUUAUAUAAUAAAGAUUUUAAUGACUUUAGAUUCUGAGCAAAGCAAGGAAUGUAUUGGUUUUUCAAUGAUGGGUUUUUUUUUGUAAACAACUUCUACCAGAAAUUUUGCUCUGUUUAUUUAGUGCAGCACCUUUUCUGAUAGGAAAUUCAAUCUGAGCGGUACUUAAGGGAGAUCAUUUUUUGAUUUAUCAAUAAGUUGUCAUAAUAAUUGGGAAAACAAGUUUAAGAAAAUUGUAAAUAUUACGGCCUUUCUAAACAUAUAUAUCAAUGUAUGAAAUACAUUAAAUACCUCUCUAUAUCCUACCUUUCCAACUUUUCAUCUCCAACAGUGGUUUACCGAUUGUGCAAAGUAGGUCUGUCCUUCUUUUUAUUUAAAUCCAACAAUUAUUAAUUAUUUUUUGUAGGCAGAUACCUAACUAAAUUUAAUUCUAUAGGUUUUUCAAUAAUCAAUAUUCAGAACUAUAAUUUAUAUCAACACUAUUUUGUUUUUAAAUUUAACACAAGUGUAUUCUAACAUGGUGUGCCCUAUUUAAACAAUCUUUUUAUUUUUGUAUAUAUUAGUUAGAUGAAUAUAAAAUAGAUUAUAUUUAUUAUUUAUAAAAAAAUCUUAAUAUAUACAAUAUAAUAUAUAUUUGUAAUGAGUUGAUUUUGUUUUAACAGAUGGGUGUCUAGCUUGAAACCAGGAAUUAAAAAAGGACCAUUGACUCACAACGAAAAAGUUCUCAUUAAUACAGCUCAAUUAAAAAAAGUGCCACCUUAUGUGGUUUCAUUGAACUUAACAAAUCGAACAACUACACAAAUCCGUAAUGCUUAUCAUCGGAAUGCAUUAUCUAAAAACAUAGUUCGAGGCGGUUGGACACCAGAAGAAGACAAAAUGUUACUACGUGCUGUUCAUCCACAUGCACGUAAUGAAUUGACAUGGUCACAAAUAGCUAAAGAAGUACCUGGACGUAACGCAGAACAAUGUCGUCAUAGAUACACAUUAAUUGAAAAAAAAGUACAAAAAGAUCCACAAAUAACUGUUGAUAAUUUUCAACGAACCAAAAGGCCAUAUCAUGUUACUAGAGAGUGGGCUGAUCUCGAUGAAAAACAAUUACAAGAAAGCUUUAAACAAAAUCGUCUAAGCAUAAAACGUUUAAUAAAAGUAAAGGAAGUUGAAACAGCAGCCGAUCGUAAAUUAAAAAAAUCAUAUUUGGACAAUAUUUAUAUUACUACCCAUUGUAAUUUUUCUAGUAAAUGUGAACUUCUAAAAUAUUUACUUGAUUAUAUGGGAGCUGAUUUAGUUGUACCUGAACAAUUUAACCAUGAAGAUGAUUUAAAAGAUGAAGGACUUUUGAGCAUGAUGACUUACUUAAAAGAGUGUUCUAUAAAACCAUUGACAUUAAAUUCCUGUAAUAUUGAACAAAAUAUGACUGAUGAUGUAAAGUCCACUUAUGAUGGAAUUCAUGGAGUUUUAAGAACGAGUGACAUCAUUAAUUCAGAUAUUAGUGAAAUAGAAGGCUUAUUAGAUAUCAGGAUAAGAAAUCACCAUGAUAAAUCAACAUCCCAGAGCAUUAACAAUAAAAAUUCAGCCUCUAUACAAAAGUGUAAUUUAGUAAAACCAUCAUAUUUAUUACCAUUAUAUUAUAUGGGUUCUGUUCCACCAAAUUAUGAGACAUUUAAAAUGUUAUAUUCAUAUAUAACUAAUCUGAAUACAUUAAUGAAAACCAAUUCGUUAAAAACGCAUAACAUUAAGUUUGAUUGGGAUGCUAAAGAAUCUAAAAAAUUACAUCAACGGCUUGUUGCCAUUUUUAGGUGGCCCGCAUUAUUUUCCGGUCUUGUAAAUUAUAAUACAGAAAAUAUAAACAUUAUCAGCAACAUAAAACAGCAAAUAGAUUCAAACUAUUCAGCAUAUCCUUAUGUUUGUGCUAAGAAGAGAAAAUUACAUUUUAAUUCGAAAACAUUUUGAUAAAAAUUAUACAUUCUUGUUAUAUGUAAUUAAUUAAAAAAAACACAGUUUAUUCCUAAUAGUAAAUAAAAUAUUUUAUUUAAUUGUAUUGUUAUAUUUUAUACCAAAUAUUGCUAUAUAAAUAUAAACAUCGGUAAAUGUACAUUUUAAUUCAUAAAACACUGUAUUAUAAUUUUUAAGUCUUUAGUAUAUAGUCUUUUCUAUAUUAAAAAUACAAAAUACAAAUUCAAUGUGUUAAUGACUUCAUUCAUUUUUAGAAUAGAUCCAAUUCUUCUUCACAUACAGGAUGUAACAGGACUAUUUGACAUUUUUACAUUGUAGUUACAUGUAAAAAUGUUAAAUCGUUCAGUUACACUCUGUAUACAAUUAUUAACUCUACAAUGCAUGAUUCUUUUUUUCUUUUUAUCCUUACGGAUAUGGCUAAAUAAACACAAAACUUAAAACCGUGUUUUAAUAUACUAUUAUGUAUUUUAUUACUAAAAAAGUUGAAUACCUAUUUUGUCAUCUGGAUUUUUAAACACUUGUCAAAAACGCGGAUCAAUAUUUUUUCCAUGAAUUGAUUUGUUGUUUACGGUCCCGGUUUAAGGUAUUUUAAAUCGAGAGUCGCGGCCAUAUACAUAUUAACAUGUCUAUGAUCCAAUAUGUAUCUUAAACCCUGAUGAUCACAGCAUGGGGAAUGCGAAAAUUUUGAUCAUAGACCUAUAAUGACCAACCUUUAUUUCAUAGAUCUAUGAUUUUGAUAACCACUUACCAUUUUACCUACAAGCCUGCAGGUAGCUACUUUAGUAGUUUAGUAUAGGUACUUAUGUAUGUUGUAUUGUAUAUUCGUAUUAUACUAUAAUAGUACACGGUGUACUAGGGAUGUUUGAUCGAAAAAAAAAUAUCGAUACUUUUACUUGAUAUCAAAUCGGUAGAAAGUAUCGAUAUAUCGAUAAAAUCCAAAUUUUAAAAGGAACUAUCGAUAUUCGCUCAUAUCAAUAGUAUCGUAACAUCCCUAAAUACACUACACUACUACACCAGUACGGUCCAUGAGUCAGUCGGUUAUAAUUUUGUUUCCUGUAAUUCCAUAAUUUGGCGCUGCAGAUUGUAAGCCAGCAUCAGACUAGCAAUCUUUUUCCUAUGCUACCAGCCGUCUACGAAUAUCCAACAGUUACCUGAAGAAUACAGAUAAUCGUUUAUGUAUUGUGCAGUAUCUUGCCACAAGCACUGCAUAUUUCCUAAGAUUGAAACUGCACACUAGACACAACAGUAGGUAACUUUUUAUUUCUAUAGAAAUCAUAAUGUCAGGCUGUACUCAGGUAGGUAAUCUGCAUGUAAAAAAUAGUAUAAUAUCGUCUCCUUUAAAUAAUACAACUACUAAAAUACAUCGAAAGCUACACAAUAACACAAUACAAUAUGUGUAAAAUUGUUAAUGUAUACACUACUGGGUAAAAUCUAAUCAAAACUGUUUGUUUAAUCAAAUAUCUAAAUCUAAUGUUUUAAAAAUUUUUUUUAAUUAUUUUAAUUUAAUUAAGAAAUUUUUUUUAUUUAUAGGUGUCUAAACUCAAAAUGUUCAACCCAAUAUUUUCUUUGACGAAACAGUCAUAUUUUGCAUGUGAUAGUUCAGCCAAGAAGUGGUAUGAAACUGUUCCAAAGUGUGUAGAGCCUAUCCAUUUGAAAAAAUGUUGCAAUACACUAUUAAGUAUGACAAAAAAAAGCAUAAAUCACUCAAUCCCAUUAGAUUUUACAAUUUCCGCCACUGCUGCAAGUAAUGGACAUAUGGAUUGUCUUGUUUAUGCUCGUAGUUUAGGAUUUCAAUGGGAUAGUAAAACAUGUAAGAAUGCUGCUUCAAAUGGACACCUAAAUAUUUUGAAAUAUGCACAUGAAAAUAGUUGUCCGUGGGAUAAAACUACGUGCACAGCAGCGGCCAAAUAUGGACAUUUAGAUAUUUUGAGCUAUGCCCACGAAAAUGGAUGUCCUUGGGAUAAAAAUACGUGCAGUUCAGCAGCUCUGCACGGACAUGUUAGCAUUUUAAAAUAUGCCCAUGAACAUGGAUGUCCGUGGGAUGAACAAACAUGCAGAUGGGCUGCAAAAGGUGGACGUUUACUUACUUUGAAAUAUGCCCAUGAAAAUGGCUGCCCUUGGAAUGUAAAGACGUGCAAAUCAGCAGCAAGAAAUGGAUAUCUUAAAACUUUAAAGUAUGCUCAUAAACAUGGCUGUCCAUGGGAUGUAUCAACAACUAUUAUGGCUGCAAGAAAUGGUGAUCUAAAAAUGUUAAAAUAUGCUCAUGAAAACGGUUGCCCGUGGAACGAACGUGUGUGUUCAGAGGCUGCAGGAAGUGGAAAUCUUAAUGUUUUAAAAUAUGCUCAUAAAAAUAAUUGUCCAUGGGAUGAUUCAACAUGUAUUUCUGCUGCACAAAGCAGGAACAGAGAUGCCUAUAACUAUGCUCUUAAAAAUGGAUGUCCUCUUUUCGGUCCUAUAGAUGUGGAAGAGACAAUUGAAAGCUUUCGUGCAUAUUGUUCAACUGUAGUAUUUGAACGUUAUGUAUAA